UCCGCCAGCGCGCGCCAUUCCUCGUCCUGCUCGGCCAUGGCCACCGCGGCGCUGCGGCCCGCCAGGGACUACCGGGUGGUGCUCCUGGGCAGCGUGGCCGUGGGCAAGACGGCGCUGGCCACGCAGUUCGCCUGCGGCCGCUUCCCCGAGCAGUGCGAGCCGUCGGUGGAGGACCUGUUCAGCAAGGUGAUCGAGGUGAACCGCGCGCCCGCGCUGCUGGAGAUCGUGGACACGGUGGGCGCCGAGCACCUGGUCACGCUCAAGGACCUGUACAUCAAGAACAGCGACGGCUUCGUGGUGCUCUACAGCGUGUGCAGCGAGGCCUCGUUCGAGGCGGUGCGGCCGCUGCGCGCGCGCAUGGGCCGGCUGCGGGGCGCCAAGGCCGUGCCGCUCGUCCUGGUGGGCACCAAGGCCGACCUGGACGCCGACCGCGAGGUGCUGCCGGCGCGCGGCUUCGCGCUGGCCCGCGAGUGGAGCUGCCCGUUCCUGGAGGUCACGGCCAAGAGCAAGAUGCUGGUGGACCAAGUGUUCACGCAGGUGGUGCGCGAGAUGGAGGCGCUGGCCCCGCGCCCGGCCGCCGUGGCCCGCGUCCCCCCGAGCGCGCAGACCUGGCCCGCCGAGCGCUUCAUCGGCUGAGCCCGCGCGCCCCGCCGCCCGCGCCCCCGCCCGCCGG